AUAAGGGCAUUCGUCGAAAAUGCUCUGAUAAAAGGACCGAAAGGACUUGUAGCAGAAUUCAGACAAAUUCCCAAAUAUGAUGACACAACAAAAAUGACCGAGUUUCUCGAACAACAUGCUAACAAGAAGAAUCGAUAUAGGGACGUUGGUUGCUUCGACGACAAUCGUGUAAUUCUGACACUGGGACCCACCACAUACAUCCAUGCCAACUACGUUGCGACACCAAGCCAUCCGAGAAAAUUUGUAUGCACACAG